AUGCUUAUCGCUACUUCAGUAUGGAUAUUGCCAUACCUCAUCCUAGUCGUCGUCCUAGUCAAAGCGGUUUCGCGACUGCGUUCAACAGUGGCCAAAUUACCCGGACCAAAAUAUACGGCCCUGACUUCUCUCGUCCUCAAGUAUAAAGAGUUCACGCAUGAACGACGGAUAUACAUCCACAAGUUACACCAGAGAUAUGGGCCUGUGGUACGCCUUGCUCCGAACGAAAUCUCCUUCGCCACCGUCGACGCCAUCAAGGAGAUUUACAUGUCUGGAGGGAGCGGGUAUGACAAGACGCCAUUCUACUCUCUUUUCACCCAGUUCAAGACGCGGACUUUGUUCUCAACGCUUCCAAGAGGUGAUCACAGCUACAUGAAGCGGUACCUGGCAGAUCGAUAUGCGAACACCAACAUCAUGAAGCCCGAAAUCUUGGAUGGCAUUUCUGACCAUGCCAGAGACUUUUUGAAUCAGUGCAUGCAAGGAUGCUCUUCCGCCCAGGGGUAUGCUGAUAUCUACGUGCAUCUUCACUGUUUUGCCCUUGACGGUGUAACACUCCAGCUCUUCCAUCCGUACGGCACACACGCCAACAGAACCGAGAAGGAUUAUCGCUUGAUGAAGGAGCUGUCCUAUCACGAUAGCCUCAAAAGCAACUUGGCUCUCUACUACAUGCCGUGGGCGGCAGAUAUCAUCCACUACUUUAGCCCACCUAAACCAGCACCACUGUCCAACGAAUAUGUCCUGAGAACAAGCGAAGCCCCAAGCCCUUCGCCUUUCAGCCUUCUCUCGAAACUCCAGGCUCAAGCCAAAGCCACCAAUAUGCCACAGUACUCAGUGCCUGCGGAAUGCAAAGACCACCUGGCUGCCGGAGUGGAUACCACAGGCGACGCCCUCUGCUUCCUGAUGCAUCAACUGUCCUUGCCAAAUCCUGAAUCUCGGCGGAUUCAAGCACUUUUGCACAAAGAGCUGGCCGACAAUGCCGCAACUCCCUUCGAUCAAUUACCAUACUUAGACGCCGUCGUCAAAGAAGGCCUUCGCUGCUUCCCGCCCAUUCCCAUGUCGAUGCCUCGAUUUGUUCCGCAAGGGGGCAGCACCAUCGACGGUUACUUCAUCCCAGGCGGCACUGUUGUAAGCUGUCAACCUUACACGAUUCACAAGGAUCCCAAUGUGUUCCCUCAGCCGCUGGAAUUCCAGCCUGAACGCUGGCUGGAUAGAGAUGCUCAAGCUCUCGCAGAGAGGAACAGGUGGUUCUUCGCGUUCGGAGUGGGCGGGAGAGGGUGCUUAGGAAGGCACCUUGCGAUCGCAGAGAUGAAGAUCCUCCUUCGGGAGGUCUACUCGCAGUGCCGCACCACGAUAUCAAGUCAGAUGGACAGCGAUAUGGAGAUGGAGGACCAAAUCAUCGCGAGUCGGCCUAAGGGACAGUGUUGCAAGCUGGUGUUUGAGAAGCUGUCGUGA